AUGUCGGUUCUUUUUUCGGAGGAUAAAAUUGGAAUAAGAAUCAAAGGCAUUAUGGUGUAUAACUCUAAAGCUAUUCGAGUCGAGCUCGAUCAAUCUGAUCACGAUGCCAACAACAACAACAACAAAGGGUGGUCAGAUCGCGGCGAGAGUGUCAACUCGUCAGGCUCCUCCACGGUGACCGACAAAGCGGGCCCCACCGAGGCGGAGGACAGGAAAUUCGAGUGCCAAUACUGCUUGAAGGCGUUUGCAAACUCGCAGGCUUUAGGAGGGCACCAAAAUGCACACAAGAAGGAAAGGCUGAGGAAAAAGAGGCUGCAGCUUCAAGCAAGAAAGGCCAGCAUCAAUUGCUACAUUCAACCUUUUUACUACAACAACAAUAGUCAAAAUAGUUAUGGAUCAAAUUCUGCAUGGUUUUAUGAUCCAUCAUCCCAUCCUCCCGAAUUUUCAGCUUACGAGGAUCAGCAGCCGCAGAUCAGCUUUAGCGGUCCCGAGAUCUCAAGAUCAUGGGCCGGGGUUGACCGUGUUUCACUUCAUCAAGACACGCGUGCGUUUAGUCUCACGCAUGCUUCAACGAGGCCCCUCAUAAUCAACAAGGGUUCAUCCUUGCCUAAUUCAAAUAAGAAUUGUACCAGGAAGAAUUUGGAUCUUCAAUUAGGGUUGAGUUUACAGUCUACAAUUUGA